AUGGCCAACCAUGGAGACAACCGCUCGCCUCUUUUCGGUUCCGGGUCCGAACGCGAACUUUCCGCGACCGCCUCCGCCUCCGCCUCCGCCUCCGCCUCCGCCAGAGCGACGACCCCUCCAGUCGAGACAACGCCUCUUCUUACAGAGGUCACCGGUGGCUCAUCCGUGCGGUACGAUGGCUUGUCACUGAAUGACGACGCCGCUUCUCACAUCACUGAAGCCUCGAACAGCGACCAGGUGUCUGUCCAUACCAACAAAAAGUCAAGCAAGCGAUGGCCAUCCAUUAUGGCCAUUGUCUUUCUCGCGUUGGCAUCCUUGUUUAUUAUUUUUGUGGCUUAUUUCGUUCCCGCUGCGGUCGAGGAAUACGCUAAGCAGGGCGUUGUUAUUGAGCCAACAAACUUGUCACUCGAAUCGAUCACCGCCGACGGAGUACGCGCGCGCAUCCAAGCAAAUUUCCGUCUCGAUGGUUCGAGGGUCAAAAACGAGCAAGUUAGGCGAAUUGGCAAAACCACAACAUGGAUUGUCCGUCGGUUGGGCACCGACCAAACCGUUGUCAGCGUUUACCUCCCCGAGUUUUCGAAUGUGCUUUUGGGGUCGGCUCGUAUCCCGCCAUUGGCCGUCGACUUGGUUGAUGGGCACACAACGGCAAUCGACUUUGUCGCCGAUUUGGCUCCAGGUGAUGCCGAAGCCAUUCGCGGCAUCGCGAACCAGUGGUUGGAAGGCCGCCUCGAUUCUGUCCGCCUUACAGGACACGCCAGCCUUGCAUUGAGGACAGGGUUCAUCCCCCUAGGCACUCAUACUGUGUCCGAGUCACUUGUUUUCGAAGCUGAAGAACUUCCCCGCCUUCCAAAGUACCACAUCGAUCGUAUCAUCUUCCAAGAAACCAGUAUUCCUGGUGGAAGUAACCAAGCAAUGGGCGCUGAGCUCUCAAUCUCUGCAUUCAACGACUAUCCUGUACAGAUCGACAUACCCCCACUUGCUUUCGAGGUCUUUGUUCCAAACUGCAACCUACUCGAUCCCGCCAUUCAAGUCGCCGAUGCCAUCACUGCACCGGUCGUCUUACGGCCAAAGGCCAGCGUCAUUAUUGACGUGAACGGCACGUUGCAAGAGCUUCCAGACUCGCUGACAGCACAUUGCCCCAACUCCGAAUCCUCGCCCCUGGAUAUGUUUUUGAAGCAAUACCUGAACGGUGGUGACGCAGUAGUCUUCGUGCGAGGGAAAAGGCAGCCUCUAGACAGCACUCCAGGAUGGAUCAGCGAUAUCCUGUCAAGCAUCAAUGUUCCCAUUCCAUUCCCCGGUAGAACAUUUGACAAUCUGAUAAGAGACUUCUCUCUGACAGACGUCCAAUUCUCCCUGCCCGAUCCGUUAGCCGACCCGGACGCACCGGAGUCAAAUCCCACUGUUUCGGGCACUAUUUUAGUAACGGCCGGCUUACCCUCACAGAUGAACUUUGCCAUCAACGUGACAAGCGUCCGCGCAAAUGCCGAUGUCUUCUAUAUCGACGAUAAGCUCGGUGAAUUGAAUUUGCACAAAUGGCAGGACGCUAAUUCGACAAUGACAAGAGCAACUCCAAACAACGAGGCGAUACUCGAAAUCGAGUCCAGAAUUGCCAAUGCUCCUCUCAAUGUCACGAAUGGCGAUGUCCUUACAGAAGUUAUACAGAAGUUACUAUUCGGUGGCGAGCCUGUCGAUUUGGAAGUCAAAGCUCUUGUCGAUAUCCGUGUUGACACCAUUCUUGGGCAACUUACGCUCAAGGACGUACCUGCCGAAGGGAAGAUUCCUGUAAAACCGAUUGCUGCCGGUUCAUUUAACGAAUUAUCUCCGCGUGUCGAAAACAUCAAAAUCCUAGCCACUACGCCAACAUCACUUACCAUAGAGGCUAUUGCGAACAUUACCAACCCAACUGAAUAUGCAGCACGCAUCCCUCUAAUCAGCCUUCACAUUCUUUGCAAUGGCAGCUUAAUCGGCACAGUGAGAGCUGAACACCUCAAUGUCAUCGCAGGAAACAACACAAACUUAGCUAUGACCGCAACUUGGGAUCCAUCCCUUGACGGCGAACGUGGCCUCGAGAUUGGUCGUAACUUACUCUCCGAGUUCAUUUCCGGCUUCAAUACUUCACUCACAGUGCGUGCAUAUCGUGAAAGUAUCCCGUUGCAACCUGUACUCGGAGAUGCUCUCUCGAAGUUCAAUUUUACCGUCCCUACUCCUAGAUUGUCACUGCCUGGUCGAGGAGAUGGCGGCGGUAGGAAUGGCGGCGAAGAGAAUGAGAAUACAGCCGAACACAGCUUCAUUCGCGAUGCCACGUUCCACAUAUUCUCCUCAACGGCAUCAUUUAUUCUUGCCUCUCCACUUGCCAAAGACACGCUUUACAUCGAGUCUGUUAAUGCGACGGCAUAUUACAAUCAUACCGAACUUGUUGGCACUAUCGUGUCCGAUAAUCUUUUCGGUGCACCCCCUGGGCUUUCGGAGACACCUAAGUUACCCGUGGGUUGGUCCCCAAAUUCUAUCGGCUUUGAUAAGCUACGAAAAGCUUUAGGGGGCGUAUUGAAGUUAGAUGCGAAAGCUGAGGUUGCCGUCAAUAUUGGACAAUGGCGGCAAAGGAUCUGGUACGAAGGUGCUGGAAUCGGCGCCCAUAUUCGGCCAUAG